AAAAAGUUUGUAAAUUUGUAACAAAGUCUAUUCACCCCCCCUCUAGACUUUGUAACUCACCACUUCGGGACCACCAAUUGGUAUCAAAGCAGGUUUCUCACUAUCUACUUUUAGAUUAACGAGAAGCGAUCAUAAUGGUGAACAAUAUGGAUCACGGUUUGCCCAAGUUUUCUCUUCUAGGUUAUGAUGAUUGGAAGAUCAUGAUGGAAGCACAUCUCUACGCUCUACAUGAUUGCAUGUGGAUGGUGCUUGAGGAUGGACCCUUGAAAAUCCAAAUGGAGAACCCUGAGAGGAAUCCAGCUGCUCCAGAUGUAGUCCAGUACAUUCCAAAACCCAAAGAAAAAUGGGAUGAUAGAGAUUGCAAAAAGCACAAUCUGGACAACGUCGCCAAAGCAACCAUCUUCAAAACACUUGAUCCCAUCACCUUCUCCAAGAUUAAGCAUCUCAAGACUGCCAUGGAGAUUUGGCAAGGUCUUGGGAAGCUAUGUGAGGGAUCAGAGGACCUAAGAAAGCAGAAGAUAGAAGUCCUGCUUGAGAAGUUCAAAAGCUUCAAAAUGCUUCCCGGAGAAUCAUUUGACAUGUUGGAUGAAAGAUUCCACAAAAUAUUGAAUGAUCUUGCCUCACUUAACCACAUUCUUUCUCCCAAAGAAAAGAAUGUAAGGUUGCUGAGAUCACUCCCAAUUGAGUGGUACACCAAAGCCACAGCCAUGGAAGAAGGAAGAAACCUGGAAAACUACACUGUUCAAGGUCUCCUUGAUGAACUCAAAACCUAUGAGCACGAGCUGAAAAAGAAGAAGGAAGAACAAGUCACUCCCUUCCCCACGGCAUUGAUGACAACCUCAAGAAUUCCAUCAAGUGAAGGGAUAUGCACAAGAAACAGUGACACACCUUCCCCCAGCCAGCCGACAAGCUCAAAAAUGGAGAACUACGAAGAGGAAUUUGCCAUGAUGGUCAAACAAUUCCGGAAGUUCAAGAAGUUCUUCAAGAAGGCUGAUUCAAUCAGAAGGCCAUCCAAGGGAAAGACACAGGUAAGUGACUCCCCUCCUGAAUCUUAUUUAUAUUAUAACUGCAGGAAGCCUGGCCACUGGAAGUCAGCAUGCCCGUACCCAAAGGUGGAGAAGUACGGAGAAAGAGAAAGGAUCGAGAAGAAAAAGAAAGCAAUGGUUGCUGUUGAAAGUGACGAGUCAUCCAGCUCAAGCUCGGAUGAAGAAGCCCUCGUCUGCAUGGAGCGCAAAGUUGAGAAGUCCAACCGUGAGGAUAGGUGGACUAUGUCAGAAGAUGACACUCUCUGCUUAAUGGCCAAGGAUGAUGCUGAUCAAGAGGGCGGAGAUUCCAUGGAAGUCAUCUUCCACGACGAACGAGGGACAAGGAUUCAUGCUCAACUUAAGAGUUCCGAAAAGAGGCGUUUUGAAAGCCAAAUUAUUGAAGAUGGCGUCUUUGGAAUCCGAAAUGUUUUUGUUAAUGAUAAUUACCAAACAUGCAAAACAACUUCGCAUAAAUAUUUGUUGGUUUUUUAUCCAAAAACAGAAGUCAAGACUCUAAGUGAAAAAGAUUUUCCCAAUUUCAAGUUCGAUUUGAAAUCAUUUUCGGACCUUCAAUCUCAACCCUGUUUGAAUGACCAACUUCUCAUCGAGAAGCUAAUGGAAAUAACACUUGAAGAUCAUGAAGGCAAUCGUUUGGCUUGCACAUUAUGGGGCGAGUAUGUGGAGAAAUUCUUGAAUUGUCUGACGCAAGGUGUUCCGGGACCUUUUAUCUUACUUCUUAGUUUCUGUAAGCCUAGGCGAUACCAGGGCUCGGUAACUGUUUCAACUUCUUUUCAUGUCACGAAGAUGAUUUUUGAUGGUAACUCUGAUGAAGUUAAUCAAUUCCGAGCUAGCCUACCUCUACAAGUUGAUGAUGGGAGUAGCCUGAAUACUUUGAUAAUGGAUUGUGGAAAUGAAGAAGUGAAUGAGCGCCUAAAAAUCACCCCUUUGAAGACUCUUAUUGAUACAACAAAGCCCGGGACAUAUUGGAUUCUCGGAUGCCACAUGGGGUUUACAAGUUUAAAGUUAGUGUCCACGUUUUUGACAUCACCGGUCAUGCUUCCUUUACGCUUUGGGACAGAGAGUGCAAAGACAUUUUGGAGAAAGAUGGACCCAAAUUUGUUCCCGGAAGAGCUGAACCAUUUAAUUGGGAGAAAAAGUUUGUUUAAUGUUGUUGUCAAGUCCGAGGGUGGUAGUCCUCAUUGGAACGGUCCUAGGUCUUUUGGUGUGCGGUCUUUCGUUUCGGAUCCAAGAAUUCUCAAGAAGUAUGAACAUGUUUUGGACAUUGUUGAUGAUGACUCAAAGGAAGAUGUUGAUUUGUGGAAUUCUCUUGAAGAUCUUAGUCAAAAAGUUCAAACAGUGAUUGGAUCAAACAACCCAAGUUCUAGCCAAGGCGAGACGACUUCACGGAAGAAGAUGGAUGCUAUUGAUGGUAAUGAUCCGGUUAAGAGACAACUUCUUGACGAGCUAUCAACUACAUCUUGCAAGAAGAAGGCUACUAAUACCAAAGAAAGCGUGGGAAACAUAGCAAUAAAUACAAAUCAAUAUCUUCAGGUGGCUGCAUCUUUAAUUAUGGGUCCUGUUACGUGUACUGCUUCUCCAUUGUCAAACAUAACAAAUGUUAUUGUCACAACGCCAUUUGAUCGUUUACCCUCGACUCCAUUAACUCAUGCCAAUUCUUCAUCGCUAAAUUCAACAAUCCGAGACACAUCUCUACUGAAGAGUUGUGUUACACAGGACAACGUUGGUACGAAAAGAAAAAAUCUUGAUGGAGAAGAAGAUCAUCUCGAUGCAGAUGCAGAUGUUGUUAGAGAUUUGGAAAUGGAUUUCAUCGAUGCAGAGGAUUUUACACCUAAUCAUCGAGUAAAUGUUUCCCGGAGGAACCUUUUACACAACGUCGAGUAUUGGGACGUUGGUGAUUGCCUUUAUAGUUGUAAAAACUAUAAAGCUUAUUUUUGGCUGGAAGAACGACUUAUUAGUCAAUCAUCCAAGAAGAAUCCAAAAUAUUCGUUGUGUUGCAAACAAGGAAAGAUCAAACUAGCCCCUGUCAAGCAACCACCAAUGCCUCUAAAGGAUUUGCUUAUCGGGACAGAUGUUGAGAGUAAGCACUUUCAGACUAAUAUUCACUCUUAUAACUGCAUGUUCUCUUUCACAUCUCUGGGUGGCAAGAUUAUUAGAGAUUAUACCCCGGGUAGAGGUCCACCAACUUUUAAGCUUGGAGGACAAAAUUUUCAUCAGAUUGGCAGUUUGGUACCCCGAGAUGGGAUAGUCCCUAAAUUUGCUCAACUCUACAUUUACGACACGCAAAAUGAAGAUUUCAAUAGAAUCCACUCUGUGAGGAAAGAAGACAACGUCCACUCAUUACAUAUCGAGAUUGUUGCUAAAAUUAGGGAAAUGUUGGAUACUCACAAUGUCUUGGUGAAGUCAUUUCGAAUGAUGUCUUGCGAUAAGAAUAACGAGAGCAUGUCAGAAUUUGGGGAGUGGAUGGCAAAGAUUAGUGAUGGCACGGCUGGAGAUGAGAAUGACGGAUCAAGUGAGAUUAUUAUCCCUGACGAUAUGUUGUUAGAAAGCACGGAUGAUCCUAUAGGAACUAUAGUUCAUUCAACGUAUCCAGAUUUCCACAAUAUUGCAAGUGAUCCAACAUAUUUGCAGAAUCGAGCCAUUCUUGCACCAACUCUAGACGUUGUGGAUGAAAUCAUUGACUACAUGACAUCAUUGAACAACGUUGGAGAAGCGAAAAGCUACUUUAGCUCUGAUACCGUGUGUAAAUCUGAUUCAAAUGCAGAUUUUUUGACCAAGUACUUCUUCGCCCUCUUCUAGGAGGCAAUUAGAAUGUUAUGAAUAUAUAUACUGUUAGAAUAAAGGCCCAACGCUAGAGGGGGGGUGAAUAGCGUUUAAAACAAAAUCGCAGGAAAUUAAAACGAGAGCGUUAAAGUAAAGAGCGUAAAGAAGGAGCACACCGGAUUUUAUCCUGGUUCACCACAACGUGUGGCUAAUCCAGCCCCCCGAGAGACUCUCUCGAGCUACACUAACUCCGUUAAGCUUAAGGGUGCUUAACAAACCGAUACAACUUGAGAACCCGAGUCACACGAGCCUCAACACCUUUGCUCGGAGAUACCGCACUCCAAGACUUCUCACGAAGGAACAAGAAACUUCCUUCGAGUUUACAACAAGGGAACAAACUCCCUUAAAGUGUAUGAAAACACUUAAACACUCAGGAAUGAAACUCUCACAAAGAGUAGAUAUGAGUGAACUAGUAAACGCUCAAGAACACGACAAUUUCUUCAAGAAUUGGCUCUCAAAUAGCUAAGAAAAAUAGGAAUGAUUA